UUUUCUUUUUUUUUUUUUCUUUUUAUUAAAUUUUAUUUAUUUUGGAUUUAAAAAUGUCUUUCAUUAAAAUAUUGAAUUUAGUUUUUUAUAUCUUGACGUUUUUUGUAAUAACUCUUAUUCAUGCCCAUGGCGGUGUGGACGAUGAACACGAAGACGCAGGUCCUCCUGCUAAAGCCCCAUCCGUUUUUGCAAAUGAAAAACAAAGUACUUUGGCCGAAGGAAAUGUAGGUCUUGCUUUUGGUCUAACGGCAAUGGCGGCUAUCGCAUCUGCUCUUGGGUCUCUUACACCUUUUCUCGACUACUUGUUUCCCUACAUUCCAUUUCUCGCUCACAUUAAAAUCACCGAAUCCAAAGGUUUUCUUGCAGGAUCACUUGCAUUUGCUUCCGGAAUUUUAUUAUCACUUACAUUGGGAGAUCUUUUCCCCGAGGCCGCUUCUUCAUUCAAUGCUUCACGGCUCUUUGAUAAAAAAUACUCAACCUUAGUAGCUACAUCGAUUUUCAUAUUUACAUCAUUAUUUAUUAUGACUGUAAAACAUUUUGUUAAAAAAUACAAAAAACGAAAUGUGAGUGAAGAAAACUUUGUUUCUGAGAAAAUUGGAAUCGAAGAAGUUAAGGUUGAUAAUAUUGAUGCUGCUGAAAGUCAUGAAUCACCAUCAUCAGAAGAAACAAAAACUAAUGAAAAUGGUUCAGCUGCGAAUCACGCGGGACUCGUGGACGCAGCACAAGCUAAAAGAUUUAAAUCUUUGGGCAUUCAAAUUGCUACUGCACUAGCACUUCACAAUUUUCCUGAGGGAUUGGCGUCAUUCACCACAACACUUGGAAAUCAACGUAUCGGAAUUAUUUUCGCGAUCGCACUUUCUUUACAUAAAAUUCCCGAAGGACUUAUCAUUUCCCUACCAAUACUUUAUUCAACCGGAUCACGUUGGAAAGCUUUUUUUAUUGCGUCAACCGUAGGAAUUAUCUCUCAAAUGUUAGGGGCCAUUUUGGGAUACGUUCUUUUCGUUACAAUAUGGAAUGAAGCUGUAUCAGGUGUUAUUUUUUCAGUAGUUACAGCUGGUUUAUUAUAUGCAAUUUUACAUGGUAUGUUGCCAAUGGCACAUCACUAUGAUCCUAAAGACAAAUAUGUAACUUAUUACAUAUUCUCUGGGUUAAUCUUCUUUGCAAUUGUCACUUCAUUAUUUAAUCUUGCUGGUCCCGAAUAAUUUAUCUUCGAUAUUUACUAAAUGUAAAUUAGUAUGAUAACGUGAGAAAUCAAGUAAUUACCUCCCUACUAUAACAUAGAAUAAUUGAAAAAUUAUUUUUGUAUCAUAUGAUUAUUUUCCAAUUUGUUCAUAAUAUAACAUUAUUAUUCAU